AUGGCAGGCAAAUGCGUCCACAAGGGCUGCGGGAAGACCUUCUCCGACCCGGAAGAGCCGUGCGUGUACCAUCCCGGCCCCCCAGUGUUCCACGAAGGGCAAAAAGGCUGGAAAUGCUGCAAGCCUCGCUUCUUGACCUUUGAAGAGUUCCUGAGCAUCCCACCUUGCACCACUGGUAAGCAUUCGACCGUCGACGACACCCCGGCGUCCGAGCCCAAGCAGACAGAGGAGGAACUUCCUCCCGCCCCGCCGCCAGCACCCAUCUCGACUGCGCAACCGGAGCGCACAGCUAUCCCCACCGCCAUUGCGCCGCCGACGGAGCCCAACACGCCCCCGCUGCCGGAGCCUGAAUCGGAUGACCCAUCAGCGGAGAUCCCCGCGAACGCGACGUGCCGUCGCAAGACCUGCGGUGCGACAUAUGAUGCGUCGAAGCCGCGGGAUGAGGAGAAGUGUGUGCAUCAUCCGGGCGAACCGGUCUUCCAUGAGGGCAGCAAAGGGUGGUCGUGCUGCAAGCGGCGGGUGCUUGAGUUUGACGAGUUCUUAAAGAUUCCGGGUUGCGCAGAGAAGACAAGACAUUUGUUUGUGGGCAAGGGCAAGCCUCCUGGCGAAGAAAAGGUCGAGUCGGUGCGGAACGAUUUCUACCAGACCCCGUCCUCAGUGAACGUCUCCCUUUACCUCAAAAAAAUCGACAAGGACAGCGCCAAAGUAGUCUUUUCAGCAAACUCGAUUAAGCUGGACCUGCCCACCUCGGAUAACAAACGAUACACGAACACCUAUCCGCUGUUUGCGCCCAUUGACCCGGAGAAAUCCACGUUCAAGGUGAUGGGCACGAAGCUGGAGUUGAUACUGGCCAAGGCCGACGGCACCAGCUGGCCUGUUCUGCGCAGCGACGACAAAUGGUCGGGGCAGCGCAUUCAGGUUGGGAACGCCGGUCGUGCAUGA